AUGGAAUAUCUCGACCUCGGAAACGGAACGCAGCCUGGCCCUUGUGUUGGGGAGACCACCCUACCAUCUUUUCAAUCGCCAGCUGAGGGCACGCUUCUCGAAUAUUUCUAUAGAAGUGGCGAGUCGAUAGUGAACUAUGACUCUCAAGUUUCCGGCUCUGUCUCCACUUUCAAUACCCAAGAUGACAGGCCUGGAACUAGUACAACCGAUGUCGCCUCGGUCCUGCCGAGGACUGCUCGUGCUAGAGAGCAGUCUGAGUCCUACUCGGAAGAUGUAUGGGAGAUGUACAAGCCACGGAUUCAGCAGCUUUAUAUCGAGGACAAUAAGAAGUUGCAUGAGGUUAUGCAGCAAAUGAAAGAGGAAAGAGACUUCAAGCCAUCGUAA